UUCCUUCCCUUCGGAGCUUCAAACCUCGGCAAUGGAACCAACUGGAAGCACUAAACUUCGAUCCGUCGAUCGCUUGAUGAUGAAUGUUGCGCCUCCUCUUUAGGAACGUGGCUUUUUUGUGUUGUAAUUUCAGGGUUAAGGUUGUGUGCGUCGGGUUCUGAUUUCUUAAUUUCGGUCUCAUUUCUUGUUUCUUUCGCUUUGUGAAGUCUAUUUGUGUGGUGGUGCAAGCAAAAACAAGAUGAGCCUACAAGAUACGGAGGAGUUGAAGGCCAAUCUCUUCACUUAUAAAGAGCAGCUCAAGCAAGUGAAGGAGUUGCUGGUGGUGGACUCGGGAAAUACGGAGUAUCAAGAGAUGGCAAUAGGUCUGACGGAAGUCCUAGAGCUGACUUACGAUUUACUUAAUGAAGCGCAACAAGCCAAAGAAGAUGCUGCUUUGGAGCUGGAGCAGCAAGAAGCUGCGGCAGCAAACACGCAUAGUCCUCCGCGUCAUCCUUCAGCUACAUACAAACCGCAACAGAAUGAGAACUUCGUACACAUUCCUGGAAGACUUUCUGUUGGGACCAAGGUUCAAGCCAUUUGGAGUGAAGAUGGAGAAUGGUAUAAAGCUACAGUGGAAGCAGUUACUCCUGGGGGUUAUUUUGUCCUCUAUGAUGAAUGGGGCAAUAAAGAAGAAGUAGAUGCUUCAAAUGUAAGGGAAUUGAAUAUCCCAGAUGACGAGGUUGAGGUUUUAGAUCAAAUGCUUGGUGGAGCCGAGGUAGUCGACAAUGUGAAUACAAAUUCAUGGUUGGACGCCGAGCAAGAAGCUAAUCUCACCAGGCUUGCUUUGAAGAAAACGAUUGAAGAUGCUGCUGACAUAAAUGUCAUCUCUAGGGGCGUGCCCCCCAAGUUGCGAAUCAAACCCGAUGAUUCUGAGGAUGUGAUAGCAGCAAAGAAGAAAAAGAUCCACGCUUUCAAGUCAAAAGCAAGACUUGAACAGAUGGAGCUCACACAGAACAAGCGUCAAAAUGCUUGGCAGCAAUUUCAAACUACCAAGGGGAAAAGCAAAAAAGUAACAAGGAGGAUUCUUCACAGGGCGCAAAAGGGAGAGUAUUUUCAAAUCUCCUGAUGAUCCUAAGGGAAAGGUAGGCGUCACAGGUAGUGGAAAAGGGACCACUGAAUUUCAUAAACGUGAGAAGCAUUUGCACCUUAAAUUAGGUGUUGGAGAUGGGGAAACUUAUGUAUGAAUAAUAACAAACAAACAAAAAACAAAAACAAAUAAAUAGAAUUGAAUAGAAUUUCCCCUCCAAACUUUUCAGGCUCUGGUCGAGCAUAAAACAGACUUUUAUAUUCCAAACAGGUAAAACAUGUUUCUUUCGAAACUCCAGCCCUGAACCCAGUUCUCCAUGAAAGCACGUUGUGUAAUCGUUCACGAUUCUGACGACUUUGGAGGUUGCACUUUCGAGACGUGGUAUGCAGAACAUGCUAUUACUAACAUACAAUAAAAUAAUACACUUUUUGAAUAGA